AGGUGUCAAGCUACUCUUAGGCAGUUCAAAGCGGUUUUGCGAGUAGUUAAAGCAAGCUAAAUCAUAUUACGAUGGCGGUGCAGAUAGGCCGAAGUAUGAACAAUUCCCGAAGUUUAUUGAUGCAAGUGCGGUGCGUGCCUUGGAGAUGUAUGUCUGCUCUGCCACAAAUGCCGCCAUGUGAUUUCAAGCCAGACACCUACACGGGCAUCAGCUAUGAGCGGGCACAGGAAGUGCGGAAAGCUCACUUGAAUCCAGCGCUGUUCACCUUCUACAAAAAACCAGUAAUGAUUCACCAAGGUCAUAUGCAAUAUCUUUACGACACAGAAGGUCAUCGGUAUCUUGACCUGUUUGCCGGGAUCGUCACAAUUAGCGUCGGACAUUGUCAUCCGAAGGUUGUUGAAGCAACACAUAAACAACUCAAUAAACUGUGGCACACAACCAACAUCUACCUUCAUCCAACAAUUCAUGAAUAUGCUGAGAAACUUGCAGGGAAGUUGCCCGGUGAUCUCAAGGUGGUUUACUUUACAAACAGUGGCUCCGAGUCAAAUGAUCUUGCUCUACACAUGGCACGACUCUACACUGGAGUCUACGACUCUGUGUCUUUAAGGAAUGCCUACCAUGGUGCAAGUCCAUACCUGAUGGGUCUGACAGCAUUGUCGACGUGGAGAUACAACACACCCACAGGCUUUGGAAUCCAUCAGUCAAUGUGCCCUGAUGUUUACCGAGGACCAUGGGGUGGCUCACAUUGCAGGGACUCUCUUGGUCAAACAGAUCGUCCAUGCAGCUGUGCAGAAGGACAGUGUGAAGCGAAGGAUAAAUACCUCGAACAACUGAUGGAUACAUUCCGAUUCUCCAUGCCUAAAGACAAGCUUGGAGCCUUCUUCAUAGAGUCAAUCCAGGGAGUGGGUGGAACCGUCCAGUUUCCAAAGGGCUUUGUUAAAGAUGCUUUUGACCUGGUUCGUUCCAAGGGAGGAGUCUGUAUAUCUGAUGAGGUCCAGUGUGGAUUUGGCCGAUUAGGAACACACUACUGGGGGUUUGAGUCGCAUGGUGUUGUUCCUGACAUUGUGACAAUGGCAAAAGGAAUGGGCAAUGGAUUUCCAAUAGGAGCUGUUGUAACGACACCUGAAAUUGCCAAAGUUAUGGGUAACGCCCUGCAUUUCAACACAUUUGGUGGAAACCCAUUAUCGUGUGCUGUUGGGUCUUCAGUUAUUGAUGUAAUUGAUGAAGAACACAUACAGGAGAAAGCCAAUAGAGUGGGGAUAUACUUCAUUAAGCAGCUGCUCCAGUUGAAAGAUGAGUACGACAUCGUGGGCGAUGUACGCGGCAAGGGUCUGAUGCUUGGCAUGGAGAUGGUCACUGAUAAGAAAUCGAAAGAGCCUAUGUCUGGACCGGCAAUAGCUGAAAUUUGGGAGAACACUAAAAACAUGGGACUUCUGCUUGGAAAAGGCGGAUUCUUUGGCAACGUUUUCCGCAUCAAGCCACCAAUGUGCAUCACGGAAGAGGAUGUUGACUUUUCUGUAGCUGUUAUAAGAAAGGCGUUUAACGAUUACCUCAACAAAGUCCAGUAAUUCCGACUGAACAAGUGUCCUUGAUGGAAAUACUGACUCAAGUCUAAUACAGUUGACAUUAUGCACAAAUUAACAAAAUUAUGCAAAAACAGUACAUUAUGCAGGAAAGUAAUUUAUGCUGAACUGAUUAUUAGAGUGUCAGAAUGUACGUAGAGAAAUAAAUGUAGUUUUCCAUCUUAUAAGUCAUUAGAGCCAGUAUGUAACAUUGAUUAACAUAUUUACAAGGCACCUGAUAUGGCAAAUAAUCUUUAUAAAUUACUGUAUUUUCUUGAGUAUUGUGCACAACAUAGCCACAAGAAGAAGAAUUUUUUUUUUUAAAUUCCAUUCUGUAAUUUUAUUCUCCAAAUCAGUUUGGUGUAGACUAAACAUUAUGAUUUAAUUUAUUUCCGCGCUGCUUGUUAUACCAUAGCACUGGGGCUUUCAAAAAGGAGUUUUGACCUUUUAACACAGUGCAGGGCUCGAAUGUAACAACAUCACCAACGGCAGUAUGAAUUGCUGUCGGCCAGGAGAUUUACCAGUGGUUAAAAAUUAUUGAUUCAGAUGAAGUGACUAUAUUUAAAAUUGAGUAGGCAGGCUCAAAAUAAUUUUGCCUGUGGCAAAAACAUUUACAAAUUGCUGUAGUUAACAAAUUUUUAAGUUUAAUCCCUGCAGUGAAUACUAUAAACGGACAUUUAAAAUGUGUCAUUAAAAGUAUUGCCAGUGCUGAAUUGUCAACGUAGCAGAUGUAGAGACUAGUACUACAGACCCCACGUUUUCAGAGGUUCCACAGAUCAACUCAUUAAUUCACUUUUUUAUUAUUGGUAUUGUUGGAAAGAUUACUGUUACUAUAAAACAUGACUGAUUCUUCGCGCAAUAAGUUUUAUUUAUUUGUGUCACUAUGUAAGCCUAUAGUAGUAUUAGGGGGUGGGGCAUGUGUUAAGUGCUACCAGUAUGAUACAGGCACCACAGCUAUUUAAACUUAUUGAUAGUAGGUACAAAUCUGAUUUACCCCCGUACAAUUCUUGUGUAAAACCGUAAAAAAAAAAUUAACAAAAAUCUUGUUAUGUAUAAUUUGUACUUUUGUUUUUCACAUGAUUUUUGGUGCAUAAAAGGUGCAUACGUGUAUAAUUCAUAGGUAAAAGUAUGUUGUGUGCCUCAGUUAAGAACUAUAUAUGUAUUGUUUUUGUUAAUAUGCAUAAAGUGUUGAGAAAACCAAACUGGACUUUUUUUGUUCAACUGAAUAUAGAACAUUUGUUGAUAGUUUAAAUGUCCAAUUGAAUAUAGAACAUUUGUUGAUAGUGUAAAUGUCCAAUUGAAUAUAGAACAUUUGUUGAUGGUUUAAAUGUCCAGUUGAAUAUAGAACAUUUGUUGAUUGUUUAAAUUGGCAUUCAUAAUUUCAUUCUUUGCACAGUGAAACUCCUCCAAACUGGACACCAAUGGGACCAAGUAAAGAGUCUGGUUUUAAAGGGUGUCCUGUUUAAAGAAGUUCAGUUGUACUGAUAUUUGUAAACAGAACAUCUGGUUUUGAGGGAAUUCCAGUUUACCGAGGGUCUGGAAGUUUUGAGGGGUUUCACUGUGUAUUCCACUAUGACAGAAGUUAUCGGAGAGGUUCAUAAAUGAUAGAUUUACAUUUAUCUUGUGUUAGCUUUUUAAAAUAUUCUGCAAAUAGUUUAAUAAAUUUACAGUUUGAGAAUCUGGUAAAAUAUCACUGUCCUUGACAUAUUCUGUGGCAAUCAUCUGUUACAGAAUAGAUUGGUGGAGGCAUUUUUAUCAUUGUUAAAUAUUUACUUUAUUAUCAUUUUUCAGUCACAACCAGUUACCCACUACUGGUAUAUCAAAGGCUGUGGUAUGUGCUGUUGUGUGUCUGUGGGAAAGUACAUAUAAAAGAUAUCUUGCUGCUAAUGGAAAAAUAUAGCGAGUUUCUUCUUAUUCUCCAUCAGAAUUACCAAAUGUUUGACAUUCAAUAGCCAGUGAUUACUUAAUCAGUAUGCUGAAGGGUGUUGUUAAACAAAAACUUCUUCUUUUUUUCAGUUAUCAUUUCUACAAUAUUGCCAUUAAGUUAAUUGAAUUUCAAGGGCUUGCUUUAUUAAAAUUAGCAGUUUAACAAAACCAUUAUUAAACCACAAAAGACAACCCAAAAACAAAAAAACAACAAAGAAAAAAAAUUAAAAAUAAAAUAACAAACAUCCUUAAUCGGUUAUCUCACAUGUAGAUUAAAAAACAAUUAUUAUUAUAUUUUAAACACCAAACAAAAGAUAAGUUAUUUGGAUAGUGGUCUUUCUCUGACAAAGCCACUUACUGCUUCAGUGUCCAAUACAUUUCAUUUUAAACAACUUUUCUAUUUUCAUGUUUACUCGCAAGUGUCUGAAGUUAUUAUGUAUAUUAAAAAAUUAUUCUGUUUUUAAUUUUAGUUUUGCACUUGUUGUAUGGACAUACUUUAUAAGAAGAAGAAGUAUUCUCUUGGGUUUGAUUGAAAAAAUGUUUUAUUGUACAAAGAACAAAAGAAUCGGGCACAAGUUUGACAGUUUAUGAGGCCCACUUCUACUUGGGAUAUAGUAUAUAAGUGUUAUUUGAAGAAGUCAUGAUGAAAUAAGAACAACAAUUUAUUUUAGCUUUAAUUAUUGUUAUUCAUGUUGAUUUAACUAUUAACUUAAAUCUUGUUUAGUAGAAGUUUUUGUCCCUUGAGUAUUGUAGUUUUACAAUUCUUUUUACUAUGAAUGGUUGUCAUUAAGUAUUUUGGGGUAUUUUCUUGUUUUGAUUUUAACAAACUUUUAGAUCCAUACCUGAUUUAUAUAUAUAUAUAUAUAUAUAUAUUAUAUAUUUUUUAAAACCGUCCACCCAUUAUGAUUAAUUGAUAAGUGCCUUAAUGUCUGUGUUUAUACAGUGUGUGACUUUGUCCUCGAAUUAUAUUUGCUUUCUGUUUCAGUAGUGGUUUCAACCAGCCAGCUUGUUAUUCAGUCUCAAAUUAUAAACCGUGUUUGACAAAUGUUUGAGAAAAUCACUAGCCCUCACAGAAGCUUUGACUAGUGCCCUAUGUAUUAUAGUACUUACCCGGUAAUACAGUUGAUCAUUUCCACUGGCCCAGACCAAAAAUCCACUAGCCGAGACCGAGGGGUAGCGAUUUGUCGAACCCUGUUUUAAAUGUGGAACGAUUGCAUUAAAUGCUAUAACUAUUCUCCAAUUGCCUGUAUAUGUAUUGACCAUUUGCAGUUUCAAGCUAUAAAUAUUGGCAAGUCACAAUUUCAAGCUAUAAAUAUUGACCAGGCAAAGAUUAUUUGAAUUUGCAAAGCCUUUGUUCUUGCCUUAUACACAUGUAGCUACAUACAUUUAAUUUUAUAAUUCUUAAACACCUGUGUUUAUUAUUUUUUAAUAAUGAUUGUAAAUUCAGCCUAUAGAUGUCAUAUUGAUAUUGUACAAUCAAAGCUGGCUUACCUCAGUUAUGUUUGGUGGUGAUUUAAAAAUUAUAUCGGGGGAUUAUUUUACAUUUAUAUUCCCGCAUUAGUUUGAAUUAUUAAUGUUUGGCCUGGGAGGUUUUGAUUCAGGCCGGCAGAAUUUGUAGCUUAAUUGGACAAAAUACCUUGCAAGAAAUGUCAGCCCAAUUUCUACCCCUGUAUAUUAAUUAAUUCUAUUAUAUAUUAUGUUGACAUCAAAAACUAAAAUCUAUUUAAAAUUACUGGCUUUAACUAAACAAAUGAUAGACAAGUUCUAAUGUUACCUUUUCUUGCCAAUACAUUUACAAAUAAAUACCCAUAAUAAAGUAAAAAUAGUAAGGCUUUGCUGGGGUGGGGUUUUUUUUGGGGGUGGGGGGGUGCCACUAAUAGCAUUAAUACAGUAGUUAUUUUGAAAUACAUGGGAAUAUCUAUGUUUAGUUUCUUUCUUGCCAUUACACAAUACAGCAUUAGCUGCUUUCUAUAAGAGCAAAAUUAUAGUACUUUUUAGUUGAAUCUACAUAUACAUUUUGUAUAUGGGAAUGUCUCAUUUAUUGUUAUUACAUUUUUUACUUGCCAAUACAGUCAUGGCCAGAACAUUUAUGAAUUUCAGGAACAUUUAUUGCCAUUUAAUGUAAAGUCACAUGGGUAUACUCAAGUUGCAUUUUUUUCUUGCCAUAAUAAACAACAAAAUGUCCAGGUAACUUUCCACGAAGCGAUCUUAGUCCUAAGAUUACCUUAAGCGCAUAGCUACCCUAUGCACUUAAAUUGAUCUUAGGGCUAAGAUCGCGUUGUGGAACAGUGCCCAGACAAGCAAUAUUUAGUUCUCAUGAUGUACAUAAAGUGAGUUAAUAGAAUGACAUGAAUAAUUCAAAAUUAUAAUGUGAUUGCAUGUCUUGUAUACCUAGGACCGAUCCCUGUCAGUGGCCCAUUGGGAUAUUUCUCGUUCCAGCCAGUACACCACAAUUGUUUAUUAAAGGCUAUGUGCUAUCCUGUCUGUGGAAUAUAAAAUAUCCCUUGCUACUAAUGAAAAAAAUGUAGCAGGUUUCCUCUCUAAGACUAUAUGUCAAAAUUACUAAAUGUUUGACAUCCAAUAGCUGAUGAUUAAUAAAUCAAUGUGUUAUGGUGGUGUUAAUCAGCUGUGUUCAGUACAAGUAGAUUCCUGUCUUAUUAUGUGUGAAGUAGACAAAUGUACAAAAUAUUUUAAGUUGACUGUUGGUGGCUAGAUAGAAGAAGAUGAAUUGCACAAAGACAGAAAACUUGUCACUAAGGAAAGUUUGCCUCAACUCAACACAUCCAAAUCCAUCAGUUGUCCUUUAAAGAUUCUCCAGUAAACAAAAAAUUCUAUUAAUAACUGUAAUAGAUAAUUUGGCAGGAACCACAAUUGAGCAAUUUGUGAGAUGGCACAUACAUGUAUGCAAGCAAGCUGAAAAAAAACUUUUGCUGCCCAGUAACUACAUAAUAUGUUCUAAAGAGCGUAUGGUUAUUGAAUGUAUUUAUAAAAUGUCAUGGGCAGUUGGGUGUUUAGUUGAGACGUAUACUUCAUAUACUCACCUUAAAUAAAAAUGUAUAGCACUUCAUUAUAAAUGUGUAUUAAUUUAUUUGUUGACCAUCCAGUGCAUAACAUGUAAGCCACCAUAGUUUUACAUGGUAAUGCCCAACUUCUAUUACUUUUUUUUUUUUUUGCCAUAUUAAUAAAUUUAAAUAGGUCACUUGAUAUAUGGCCAAAUCAGAGGCAUGAAAGAGGGAGGCAGGCAGGGCACUGCCACCCCACCCAUCCCCCAUCAACUCUGAAGAUAGUACAUUAGUCUCAUGUUAAAAGGCAAACUUAAUAUAUCAGUGGCCCCAUCAGUUGCUGUCAUAUUCCAACACCUCUGUAGAUAUACAUGUACCAGUGAGGUACUGACUUGGGUCACAAUAUUAAUUUACCAAACUGGUAUUUCCCGUCUAAGUAUUAUGUGCUCAGUUCUUUUACACAGCUCAACAAGUAUGAUUUUUAUUUUAAAUCUGUAUAUAUUUAUUUACUGGGUACAUGUAUAUUUAAAAAAAACCAAUACUCCAAUUUUAGAACAAAAGAAUACCUUAUAUACAAGAUUUAUUUGUUCUUUUCUUUGUAAAAAUCUGUUCAUAGAUAAUGUUGGGGUUAAUGACAAUCUGAACAUUGCUUGGAAGUAAGCGGUUAAAGGGACAUUCCUGAGUUUGCUGCAUUGUAAGAUGUUUCCAACUAAUAAAAUAUUUCUACGAUUAAAUUUACAUAUUAAAUAUAUUUUCUUGUUUAGAAUAUCAGUAUCUGUAUAUUC